GGGUGGUUGACAGCGCAUGCACACAGCAAGGGGAAUUAUUAACGACGGAAAGUGGAAGUGGGAAAGGAGGAACAUAAUUGGUCAUUUCCUAAAUGGGAAUUGUGAUUCUUGAUUUAGUCCUGCAGGUAGUAGCUAGGUACCACUACAGAGAUUAACGAAUGCUGCAAAAACCAAAGUGAGGCUGUUUUCAGCAGCAGCAGCGACGCUUCGACCGGGAUUAGCCCACUAGGCUGCUUAGUUCUCACGGUGGCCGGGGUGGCUUUGUACCCAAGGUGCUGCGACCAUCCUCGUGUCCCGGUGCGUGCAGGUGUUGGCUACGAGCUCCGCAGACUGCACCCUGUAAUCCAGGACCAGGUUGCCCCUAUGGAUCGCUUCAAUGGAUGCCUCCAAACCCGCUUUUGACAACAACCCGAGUCCCAGCAGAAGGUACGUGUCUUCUUCUCCUCCAGAUGGGUUGGAAACUGAAGCGUUUUGCUGGCCGGAGAAUGACACUGUCGCCGGGACUGUCGGCGUUGAUGCUCCGUCUAGCGGCCCAGGAGGACCGGACCUCUCAGGCUACUGGACCGCUGUGUUCGACUAUGAUGCUGGGGCGGAAGACGAGCUCAGCCUGCGAAAGGGUGACCUGGUGGAGGUGCUGUCGAAGGACUCGUUAGUGUCCGGGGACGAGGGCUGGUGGACGGGGCUGAUCGAGGAUCGGGUUGGCAUUUUCCCCAGUAAUUAUGUCAGUAUUGGGAACGGAAUCUCUGAGAAAAUACGGGACAGAGACACGUCAGUGAAGGAGUACUCUGAUUACGCCGUGCCUUCACUACACCUUCUGGAGGUCGACUUCUCGGAGCUGACCCUGGAGGAGAUCAUCGGGGUGGGUGGUUUUGGGAAGGUGUACCGUGCCAUGUGGCGUGGGGCGGAGGUGGCGGUGAAGGCUGCGAGGCGGGACCCCGAUGAGGAGGAGGGACAGAUCCUAGAGAGCGUUCGUCAGGAGGCCAAGCUGUUUGCAAUGCUGCACCACCCCAAUAUCAUGGCCCUACUGGGGGUGUGUCUCCAGGAGCCGACACUGUGCCUGGUGAUGGAGUUUGCCCGGGGAGGACCGCUGAACCGAGCCCUGUCAGGGAAACGUAUCCCACCAUGCACCCUGGUAGACUGGGCCGUGCAGAUCGCCCGUGCCAUGCACUACCUCCACUGUGAGGCCAUCGUCCCUGUCAUACACAGAGACCUCAAGUCUAGCAACAUCCUGAUCCUGGAGAAGGUCGAGAUGGAGGAUCUGACCAACAAGACCCUGAAGAUCACCGACUUCGGCCUGGCGAGGGAGUGGCACCGUACCACCAAGAUGUCAGCCGCCGGCACCUACGCCUGGAUGGCGCCCGAGGUCAUCCGCUCCUCCACCUUCUCUAAAGGCAGCGACGUCUGGAGCUACGGGGUUCUUCUGUGGGAGCUGCUGACGGGAGAAGUCCCAUUCAGGGGCAUUGAUUGUCUAGCGGUGGCAUAUGGAGUAGCCAUGAAUAAGCUGGCGUUGCCCAUCCCUUCUACCUGCCCAGAGCCCUUCGCCCGUCUUAUGGGAGACUGCUGGAGUCCAGACCCACACCUACGACCUCUCUUCACCAGUAUCCUGGACCAGCUGACGACUAUAGAGGAAUCGGGUUUCUUUGAGAUGCCAGUCGAGUCCUUCCACUCCCUGCAGGACGACUGGAAGAUGGAGAUUCAGGAGAUGUUCGACCAGCUCAGGGUCAAGGAGAAGGAGCUGAGGUCGUGGGAGGAGGAGCUGAGUCGUGCUGCGCUGCAGCAGAAGAGCCAAGAGGAGGAGCUUAGGAGGAGGGAGCAGGAGCUGGCGGAGAGGGAGAUCCACAUCCUGGAGAGAGAGCUGAACGUUAUCAUCCACCAGCUGUAUCAGGAGAAACCCCGUGUGGAGAGCAGGCAGGGCAAGUUCAGACGCUCACGGCUCAAACUGAAGGACGGGAACAGGAUCAGUCUGCCUUCAGAUUUUCAACACAAGAUCACCGUGCAGGCCUCUCCCUCUCAUGAUCGAUGCAGGAGUUUACUGGGUAGUCUCUCCAGCCCUCCCACCAGUCCCCAGGCCCCGUUACUACCACGCCUCAGAGCCAUACAACUGACUCCUGGAGGUGAGGGGUGUAAAGGUUGGGGCCGGUUGGAUGAGGAGGAAGAGAAGAGAGGCUCCAGGAAGAAAGGCCGUAUCAGGGGCUCUCACAGAGAACAUAGUGAUGAUGAGAGCAUCAAGGUUCCUCAGGAGGGGAACAGACAGAGGUCCUGCAGCGCCCCAAAUCUCCGCAGGUCACCGAGACACAGCCCUGCCAUACCAGGGGUACCCAGCCUCACUGAGAUGGAGAAUGAAGACUGCUGUUACACCACUGACCCAGGGGCCAACGCAUCCCCCAGCCAAUCCUACCUCUGCAUCCCCUUCCACAAGGAGGGGCCUGUUGCCGAUGGUAACGCAGGAGGAGGCGGGGAGUACUACCCUAGUUACCGUAGCACCCAGGCCCCGGACACGCCCCCCAGUAGGAAGAGUCCUGCCGGGCGGGGGAGGUCAGAGCUGGUGCUACUGGGGUGUGGGGCCUUGCUGGCUGCAGUAGGACUGGGCUUCAAUAUGACGACUCUGGCCCAGCCUGGAACUGGUUCUGGGUCUGGGACUGGUUCUGGGCCUGGGACUGGUUCUGGGUCUGGGACUGAGGGUGCUGGGGAAAGCAACAAGCCACCUCGCUGGGAGGGCUUCUUCCAUCGUACAGGGACAGGGGGCCAGAGACGGAGCACCAGUCCCCCCACACGCAAGCUCUUCAGGCGGGGAGGGGACAAGGAGAGCCCCCUGAAGCACUCGGUUGCCCCGGUGACGGAGCGGGUUGGAGGUGGACUGUUUCCGUCCUCUCUCACACUGCUGUCACUGUCGUCUGUGUCGGACUGUAAUUCUACGCGGUCUCUGUUACGAUCUGAUAGUGAGGAACUGUUGGUCUACCGUACUGCUUCUCCCCAGGCCCCUGUUCAGCCUGCUGUCCAGCCCCACACCUCUGUUCACCCCCAGCCCCAGCAUGCCUCACUCAACCCCUUGGUCAACACACACCUGGAGAGCUUCAAGCGUCACCCUCGGCAGUCCCUGACCCCGACCCAUCUUCCCUCCGCUCCUUCCUCCUCACGUUGUCUACACCGUACUCCCUCUGACGGAGCCAUCGAGACACGCUGCCCUCCAAACUAUAUCCACCCUUUUCCUUUACCCGUCAGAGCUGCUCUGGAGCCUUCAGAUGGAGGUCUCAGGGGUCUAAGUGACAACGUAUCCCAGGUUCCCCGGUUGCCAGAUCCAAAUCUGGUGUUUCCCCCUACACCGCGCCGCCGCUGCCCUCCUGAACGACCCAAAACCCUGGACUUCCUGGUUAGACCACGUCCCUCGCCACGGGUACGCUGCGACGUCCUCCUGGGCCAGUCACCUGGACGGGGCAGAGGAGGGGGGCAGGGGAAUGGAGAGUCCCCAGCCCACACCACCAGUACAAACACCCCUCCCACGGUGGAGUUUGGCAGGGACAUGACCGUGCUUCCUACCCCCUUGGAGCCCCCAACACCAUCCCCAAGGAGGGGACACAGUCUGGAGGCCCCGACGCCCUCACCAAGGAGGGGACACCCACUGCUAACCCAUCACAUGGAGCCCAGAGACAUGGAGGUACUAGCCACCCCCAUGGAGCACCCUUACGCCUGCUCAAUCUCCCCGCGACGGAGGGGGGACAGUCUGCUGGACCAACAGGACGAGGAACAGUGUCUGGACCCAACCCUCCCACUCUGCAAACCCGAGUCCCAGUUUCCCAAAUGUUCCCCGUACCGCUACCGGCCUGGGUUCUUUUCCUAACCUGGUCCAGUCUGGGUUCUGGUCCUCCUCUGGUCCAACCUGGGUUCUGAUCCUAACUCGGUCCAUCUAGCGCUACCAGCUUGGGUUUUGGUCCUAACCUGGUCUCUCUAGCGCUAUUGGCCUGGGUUCUGGCCCUAACCUGGUCCAGCCUGGGUUCUGGUCCUAACCCAGUCUCCGUACUGCUACCAGCCUAACUUUGGAUCCUCUCUUAAAAACACCAACAGAAUCAUUUCCUAGAGUCCUAGAAAUAUACCCAGCCCACACUGUUGCAGAGGAGGGGAGGAGGACUGGGCCAGCCAGCCCACACUGUUGCAGAGGAGGGGGGGAGGACUGGGCCAGCAAGCCCACAAUGUUGUAGAGGAGGACUGGGCCAGCCAGCCCACACUGUUGUAGAGGAGGGGGGGAGGACUGGGCCAGCCAGCCCACACUGUUGUAGAGGAGGACUGGGCCAGCCAGCCCACACUGUUGUAGAGGAUGGGAGGAGGACUGGGCCAGCCAGCCCACACUGUUGUAGAGGAGGAUUGGGCCAGCCAGCCCACACUGUUGUUGAGGGGGGGGGGGACUGGGCCAGCCAGCCCACACUGUUGUAGAGGACGGGAGGAGGACUGGGCCAGCCAGCCCACACUGUUGUAGAGGAGGACUGGGCCAGCCAGCAAACACUGUUGCAGAGGAGGGGGGGAGGACUGGGCCAGUCAGCCCACACUGUUGUAGAGGAAGGGAGGAGGACUGGGCCAGCCAGCCCACACUGUUGCAGAGGAAGGGAGGAGGACUGGGCCAGCCAGCUCACACUGUUGUAGAGGAAGGGAGGAGGACUGGGCCAGCCAGCUCACACUGUUGUAGAGGAGGAGAGGAGGACUGGGCCAGCCAGCCCACACUGUUGUAGAGGAAGGGAGGAGGGCUGGGCCAGCCAGACCACACUGUUGCAGAGGAGGACUGGGUCAGACCACACUGUUGCAGAGGAGGAGAGGUGGACUGGGUCAGACCACACUGUUUUAGAGGACAGGAGGAGGACUGGGUCAGACCACACUGUUGCAGAGGAAGAGAGGAGGACUGGGUCAGACCACACUGUUUUAGAGGACAGGAGGAGGACUGGGUCAGACCACACUGUUUUAGAGGACAGAAGGAGGACUGGGUCAGACCACACUGUUGCAGAGGAGGAGAGGAGGACUGGGUCCACUAUUAGGCUCUUAGGCUAUGGAUUGUUCAUGUGACAGAAUUAUAUUUGAGUCUGGUCUGAGGAGUUCUUCUCUCACUGCAGACAGGAGCCCUAUCCGGAGCAAUAUAUUUAGGAAGCUGGGACAUUGAGGUUUCUGCAUAAUGAUGCAUUUUAACAUGACACUACAACACUCUAUAACAGCCAUGUUAUCUCCCCCGUUAACAUGACACUACAACACUCUAUA